AUGGCGAAUCCUCUCGGAAACAGACUAGCGCUUCAUAUCAUGAGGGACCUUUUUGGAGAAGUCGCCGAAAAUGUCUGCACAACUUUAAUGCAUCACGGGGAAGCUACUUUGGAUGAGAUACUUUCCAAGACUAUGCCUGUUGAAAAGAAUAAAAUUCAACGGAUUAUUUAUGUCCUUUUGAAACAACGCUGUAUCAGAUUCUCCUCGAACCAGGUAAAAGGGAAACAAGAAACAAAAUACACCUUUCAUUCCAGCGAUGUGUUUAAGUUUAUGAGACAACCAAUCAUACUCAAAAAUUUGAACUCGGGUUUGGAAAUAAAUGAGCGAAAAAUGUUAGUAUACUUAUUACUGCAUGGUUCGGUUUCAUGUCAAAGAAAUUCAACUGUCUUUGCAAGUUUAAAAAAAUCUAUCGAUGAGAUUUCCAUAAAUAAACAUCUAGAAGAUAUGGCCUCAAAAACAAUUAUAUUUCCCUCUUUUCCAACAACGAACGGGAUUCAAUAUAAAGUAUGGUACAUAAACAACGACAAAAGUUUUGUAACUGAGUCUUGUAUUAGUAACUGUUUAAAACCGCAAAUUACAGAAGCGCUAGAUGAAAACAAAAUAGAAAUGGAUAGGACAAUAAAGCAUAAAAAUGUGCAUCUCAGUCCUAAGGUUACGAGGACCUUUGAAUCAGACAAAAGAAUGAUACAGAUCGUUAUUGAAUCAGUAGUUCACCAGCGAUUUGGCCUACUCGCAAAGCGUAUUUUUCGCUUACUUUUUAUCAACCGUCGUCUUGAUCAAAAAGAAAUAUCGGAAAUGGCAAUGCUCCCAAUAAAGCAAACUCGUGAAAUCUUGUAUAAACUUUUCAAAAGUGAAUACAUUAAAAUUCAAGAAGUUUCUCGAACCUCUGAUCAUGCUCCUUCACGGACACUGUAUUUUUGGUAUGUUGAUCUUGAUUGCAUCAGGCAUAAGAUUUGUCAAAAUUGUUUCCAAGCCUAUCUGAAUAUAUCAAAAAUUCUUUCCAAGAAAUACGCCAAUGUUGAACGAGGGUCAAAUAUGUCUUCAGAAGAAAUCUUAUUUCAGUACUGUUCCGACCGCGGUAGAAUGAUACAGGGGGCUUCCUUUAGUAUUAAAUAUCUAGCACGCAUUGCUUCUUUGUUUGCAGCUAUGGACCUAAUAAUGGAUAAUGAGAAGUGUUGA